UGAACCCAGAGAACUUGGUCAUUCUUGAUCUAUCUUGGAGUGCAGUGGCAGAUGACUGGGAAGGUUGGACACAAAUAAUGGAGAAGGCAAACAAAUUGAAAGUUUUGGAGCUAACCGGUUGUGGUCAAUUAUGUAAAACGCCAUGCUUCCCAGCUGAUAGCAAAUUAGAAAGACUGAUUCUUGAACAAUGCACUCAUUUAUCGCUUAUUGACAAAUCCAUUGGCAAUUUGAAACAUUUGAAGUCUUUGAACAUCAAGUCCACUCCCAUUGCUCUGCUCCCAGAAGAGAUGGGUUCCUUGGAUAAUUUGGAAGAGCUUUUGAUUGAUAAAACUUCCAUACGUCACCUUUGUUUCUUAAAAGGUUCUAUGCAGCAACUUAAAACCCUUAGUGCUUCCAGCUGCAAAAAUUUGGCUGAAAUAUCCGAGUCUAUUGGUUCUUUACGGACUCUGUCGUAUCUUGCAUUGGGUGAAGCCAUUGUCCCAGGACUCCCAAAUUCUGUUAAGUUGUUGGAGGGACUUGUAGAGCUGUCUUUAAGAGACUGUCGGCGGAUAACUACACUUCCAGAUUCCAUUGGGAUGCUUAAGUCACUUCAGAUAAUGGAUCUGUCAAACACCAGAAUUAAGAAAUUGCCAGAAUCCAUAAAAUAUUUGGAUGGAUUGGAGAUGCUGAGAAUGGAGAAUACUCACAUAAGUAAAUUCCCUAAAGAUAUUACAAAUCUAGGGAAGUUGCAAGUCAUAACGUUUUCUGACUGCCGGAGUUUGAAUGGGAAAAUUCUGUGUGAUAUUUCGGGGUUAUCGUCUUUGAGAAUCUUGGAGUUAUCAUUUACCCUGAUUUGUAGCCUACCUGAAAGUAUUUGUCAGCUUUCUCAUCUCCAGACUCUCCACUUGCUCGACUGCGACGAACUUCAGACUCUACCAAGAUUACCUUCUAGUUUAGUGAGUUUGCUCUGGGGAACCAAAAACAUGAGGAUAGUUCAGGAUUUUUCAUAUUUGAGAGAUUUGAAAGUUCUGGAAUUAGUUAAUGAUCCUGAUGAGGAGGAGAUAUCUUCCUUUGAGCUGUCCCAAACGGAAAGCUUUGGCUGGAUAUCAAGUUUAUCCAACUUAGAAACCCUAAAGCUGUGCCUUCCAAAUGUUACUAGUCUACCAGAAGAUUUUAAUGCUCUUACUCGACUUAAAAAACUUGAUUUGUCCUGCAUAAACCUGCAAGACUUCCCACAACUUCCCUCAAGCUUAUCAAAACUGCUUCUCAAGAAAUGCCAGAUCCAGGGGAUGAAUUUCUCUAAUCUGGAAAUUCUAUCCGAAUUGGAGCUCCAUAACUGCAAUGCAUCGGAAAUUCUUGGUCUUGGGAACCUGAGGCUCCUGCAAAUAUUGAAGAUAUCUGGCUGCAACAUGAAGAACCUUGAUGCUCUCGAACAAGCAUCACAAUUGAGAAGGUUUUCUAUGUCUGAAUGCCAUUCUCUUGACAGGUCGCCAGACCUAUCAAAGUGCGUAAGUCUGGAAUUUAAGGAUAUUUGCAAUAAUCAGGAUUAGCCCUGUGAGAGGCACUAUAAAAGUUGCUGCUUGAGGUGCUGUGAUUGUCCAUACCAAUAUCAAUGUGGUGCUCGAUACAUCUUGUGAUCUUAACAGCAAGCUGCAAGGAUGCUCUCUAUUUCCAAUUGAAAGAGGGUGGAGUUUAUUUCUUUCUCCAAGGUAAGCAAUACACUUUUUCUCUGCAUCUACAAUUGGUAGACCUUAUUAUUUGCCACAGUGUCUCCAAGGUGAAUAUUUCAUUUUGUUGUUUUUCUUCAUUUCUUUUUUCCUGUUUUCUUGCGGCGACAUUUCUCUUUCCCAUUGUCAUACUCUACUUAAUCUGUGCUUCUUCUGGGGUAAAGAAGAUUCAAGAAAAAUAGUUAUCACAUGGACUGUGAAAAUGUGGUUGGCAUUGAAGUACCCGGUUUAAUGCACUUUAUGAUUCCUCAUUGAUCUAUAAGCCAUCAGCAUGAACCAACUGUAGCAGUUCUUUUUCUGUUGGUAGCAAAAACUAUCUGCGAGAAACUUAGAUCUGCAAGUUGAUGGAUUCACCAAGCAGGACUUGGUAAAUUUUUGUGGCAUAAGAAUCUACAUGCUAGUGCUUUUAUUUGUUUGUGGCUUCAAUGUUCUAGGAGAAACCUGAUGCCCCAAAUUU